CUUGUUGUGAGUGGGAUGUGGGUGACCUUGGCCACUGCCCUGGCUCCUGAUUAAGGUCUGGCUUUCUGCCUUGCUCCAAGCACGCGUCCUGGGGAUGGCUGUUUUUAGGAUCUGAGCUCAGCGGGGCUGUGUAGUAGCCCCCUUCCCUGUGGUUUGUUGGGGGACCUGGCCCCCAACAAGCCAGUGUGGAGCCUUUGGGGGGCUGGGGUCCUCCAUGGCCAAGGGGCUGCUCUUGCUCCUUCAGACCCCCGAGGACCCCAGCUGUGGGUUUUAACAAAACUCAAAUCCCUUCUUCUGCCUUAAAAAAAAAAAAAAAAAAAAAAGGAAAAGGCAGCUUGUGCUGACUUCCCACUUUCCUUUCCCCAUGUCCCUGUCGAGCAGGAUCCCCGUGGUACCUGCAGGUGCCCGCCCCCACGCGUGCUGCAGCUUGGCGGCUGCAGGUCCCUUCUUUGGGGUGCUCUGGGGCUGGUAUUGGGGUCCUCCCCGUCACCGGUGCCCAGGGGCUGCGGCUGGCCCGGAGCGGGGCUGACCCCGGUCGCGGAGCCUGCGGGAGGUUACGGCGGCGCGAAGUCCCGCGGCCGCCCCGGCUCCCCCCGGCGGCCCCGGGCGGCGGCGGCGGCGGCGGCGGGCGAUGAUCGCCGUCUCCAUCCCGGCGGCGGAGCCCCCGGCGGCGGCGCGCAGCCCCAACAGGGCGCACACGGUGUUCAGGGUGGAGGUGAUGUGCAAUGGCCGGCGGCACACGGUGGCGAAGCGCUACAGCGAGUUCCAGGCACUGCAUAAGCAGAUCAAGAAGACAUGCAAGGUCCCCGACUUCCCCCCACGCCAUGUCCCCAACUGGAUGCCCAAAGUGCUGGAGCAGCGCCGGCAGGGCCUGGAGCUUUACAUCCAGGCAUGGCAGGGUGUCCUGUACGACAACGAGGAGCUGCCCCAGGACGUGCUGGACUUCCUGAACGUGCGGCGUUGCCAGCAGGACCCCAAGACCAGCAGCCCCCUCAGCGCCGUCUGCCUGCCCUCCCAGCGGCCUGUGGUCAGCUUCUGCACCGACCCGUAUGUGCAGCCACCAGCCACCAACCUGCUCCCUGACACUGUCAUCAGAGGGGUGCUGCAGGGCUUCUACAUCCCCGCAAGCUGCACCCUCUGCCAGGCAGCACCCUGAGCCCCUGGCCUGCCGGGCUCCUGAGCACCCACCCAGCGCCCAGGGGCUGGGCAGCGGGAAGGAUCGAUGUGGUAAAAGUAACUCCUCCCUGCUGAGAAAAGUCGGUGGGAGAAGCCAAGGCGUAAGUUGGGAGCCACAGAUGCUCUCCAGCCCAGCGCCACUCGUCCACUACCAUUCAAAACACCUUCACUGGGAGAGCAGGAGCUCUGCUGUCUGCCCUGAUGUUUCAGGGUCGUGGUAGGAACCUUUGGCCCCUGAACUGCGCUGGAAAACCCCUCAGCAUCCAGCCUUUGGUACAAUAAAUCACUUGUUU